GAUUACUGUUUAUUAAUUAUUAUUGUUGUUAAAAAGUCAAGCGUGAAGGGGUGGAAUUUUGUUUUCGGCAUGAAUUUUGUACCAGCGCAUAUCACAAAAAUAAAAUUUUCGUAGCCGGAUCAAUGACGUUUAGUGUCAGGCUAUAGUAGCUUUUAUCUCCGUGAGUUAAUUACACAGUGAGUUUAGUUUCUCAACAUCGUGAGUUCUCAUUGUCUCGAAAACAGGAAACUGCACAAAACCUGUGUUGGAUGGUGUUCAUGGAUAGCAUACUAAGUUUGGCAAAGUAAUUUAAUGCCAGAAUGCCUUUCAAACUGAGAUUAAAGAAAAGUAAGCAGUACAAUGUUGUAACCAAGACUGUUUUCGUGAUUUGUGUGGAACUUCUUGAUAACAGUAUUGUAGAAUGCACUCUUUCAGCUGACAGUCUUGGGUAUGAUUGCCUAGACAAUGUUUGCCAACGGCUUGGACUCAAUCAGCCAGAAUUUUUUGGGCUACGCUAUGUCAGUCAAAAGUCAUAUCCAAGAGUACGCUGGGUUGAGCUUGACCGUCCUCUUAAAAAACAGCUUGACAAGCAUGCCCAAGAAGCAUAUCUUUACCUGAGAAUUAUGUACUAUGUGAAUGAUGUCAGUCUUUUGGAAGAUGAAAUGACUCGCUACCACUAUUUCCUUCAACUAAAAUCUGAUGUCAUGGAAGGACGGCUAAGGUGUAGUUACAAUGAAGCUGUUGUUCUUGCUGGCUAUAGACUUCAAGCCGAAUUUGGGGACCAUGAUCCUGAGCGUCAUACCCUGCAAUAUCUGAAGGAGUUUGUUCUUGUUCCUAAACAUCUAGUGACUAACGAAAGCCAGUUAGAUGCUGUAACAGAAGCAGUAGCUGCUCAGCACUCUAAGCUUCUUGGGUUUCCCCAACCUGUGGCAGAAUGCUGGUAUAUCGUCGAGGCACAGCAUCUUGACGGCUAUGGCCAGGAACGCUUUCUUGCAAAGGAAGAACCUGCAGGAGAGGCUUUGGUGGCUACAUCGCUGCAAGGGAUAUUGGUAAUGCGGAACAAUACUGAACGUGUGGUUUUUUACAGGUGGGACGAUAUAACAAAUUUACUGAACCAAAAGAGAAUGUUUGGCAUCGAGUGUCAGCGAAGCGAAGAAAAUGUCAAUUUUUAUUUCGACGAUCCCGAAGCAGCACGCUAUGUCUGGAAAUUGGCUGUUUUACAGCAUACUUUUUACAAGCAAACACUGUUAACUCUCCAAUCUCUGCAAUCGCAAGCAACCGAAGAUAAGGACAUGGAUGUCUCAUGCGGAAUAGCUGGUCUAAAUUUAGAACCAAGUAGUGCAACUGUCAACAGCGGCCUGGUUCCAUCUGCCUCAUUGUUUGAAUCUGCAGAGCCACGAAGUUCUAGUGCAAUGGCUGAAUAUCGCAUAGAUAGCCUAGGCAGUGUUCGUGCCAGCCUUCCGCAUUCCGUCUCAUCCCCUACGUUAACCAUUGUAAAUCCUACUCAAGCACAAAAUCAUCUCCUGGCUGGCAACACGGGCAAUGGUGGAGGGUUUGGAUCAGGUGCUGGAUCACUUGCGGCGUCACAGCAAAACCUUAAGGCUCUACUACCAGCUUACCGUCCUGCCCCUGAUUAUGAAACAGCGGUACGUGUCAAGUACGGGGACGAUAUCGCACAACUACUUCUCAAUCCGAGUCCUCCUGUCCAGCAACCAGUACAGCAACCGACGUCGGUAGCCGUUCAGCCGACUGCUGCUAACACUAACGCAUUUCAAGCACCGCAACAGCAAAAUUCUCAGCAACAGAUGCAGAUGAUGAAAAUGUACAAACCUCCUCCUCCCUACCCUUACAGCAAAGUUGGCAGCAACAGCAGCCCAGAUUUAGCAGUGGCAGCUAUAAAUGGGCUUGCGUCUGCCACUUCAGGAUCCAUGAGCCAUUUACCAGUUACUCUAGCUCAGGCAGAAAACUCGGGAACGGUGCGAAAUGGUGAGCCCAUUUAUCAAAAUAUUCCUUUACGCCAGCCAGGAAGCCAACCCAAUCUUUCCCCGUCUACUUCUGCCAACACUCAAACUGCUUCGCAACCCAGAAGAAAAUGGGGUUUGCCUGUUCGUAGCUCGGCUCGAUCGGCUGUCAUAAACCGUGUUCAGACAGAAUCUCCCUCAUCAUCUCCAGCGUCCAAACGAAAUACCAAUGACUCGACGUCCAAUUCUGCCUCCAAUUUCCAUCAUUCGGCGUCAUCGACCGCCAAGGCUGCAAAUACAGAUGCAACUCUCGUCAAAGAUCACUUGCGCCAGGAGAUGGAAUCCCGCUUGGCCGAUGGCCAACUUCUCUUGGAAUUUGAAUUGAUCCCUAGACGGAAAGCUGGUGCAGACUUUAGCAUGGCCGCUCACCCGGAUAAUCUCACCCGCAACCAGUAUCAAGAUGUUUUGCCGUACGAAGAGAACAGGGUUAAAUUGACCCCCAGCCGAGACAACCGAACUGGGUACAUUAAUGCAUCACACAUCUCAGCUGCUGUGGGUUCGGCUCAGCGCUUCUAUAUUGCAGCUCAAGGCCCGCUACCGUCAACAGUGUCUGAUUUUUGGCAGAUGGUCUGGCAGUGUGACGUCUAUGUUAUUGUCAUGCUAGCUGAUACUACUACUAGUAAUAAUGGCGGCCAACAAACCCCUUCUCUCAACCCCAAAUCGGUCAGCGCGUUGAGAAGCCAUGUCAGCCAUAGUAGUAUGAAUGGCUACAGCGGGUUUACGUAUUGGCCACAACAAGAUGCUGCCACCUUAGAAUUUGGCGAAUACAAAAUAACACGACAAGUUAGCAAACUCUCUGCCGGCCGCCAAUCUAUCACAAAAUUGGAUGUAAUUCACUUGCCCACGUGCCAGCAGCGCAGUAUUUGGCAUCUUCAGUAUUCUGACUGGGCCGAUCAUGGAUGCCCCAAAGACGUGACCUCCUUUCUUGGUUUUUUGGAAGAGAUGGACAUGGUACGCAGACAUGCUGUGUCCGAUGUACCAGUGGGUAAGAACCGAAACACUCCAGUCUUGGUGCACUGUGGAGCUGGCGUUGGGCGCACAGGUGUCACAAUCGCUUGUGACGUUUUACUUACAUCACUUGAUCAUAAUGUUGUUGUCGAUGUUCCAAAACUAAUCACUCAUUUGCGGCAGCAAAGGAUGCUUAUGGUACAAACAGUUGCCCAGUACCGUUCCAUAUAUGCACUUCUACUUGCUUAUUUAGGCCGCUCUCGACUUAUCUAAUCUUGCAAUGAAACAACACUACGUAUUCGGGCUUUGAUUUCAAUUGUUAAAAGAUGAACAGCCAAUCAACUGCUACAUGUUCCUCCCUUUUGUGAUAUUUAUUCAUUUCAUGUGUCACCAGCCAUUAUUGGCGUGCUUUUUCGUAACACACCACUAUCAGUGAAAUGUGGGAAAGCUAUUAUACAAUUUCUGAAGAGUGUUCCAUAAUGUUGCAUCUAUUCUUAGUGCCUUUGACUAACUCGUGAUUUGCAGCAAUUUAGAUUAUAACUCACGCCUAGUCCCUAUGACGUGCCUUUUUUUAUUAAUAGACAUAACAAAUAAACGGUAUUUUUAUAUUGAA